UUUUUACAUUCCCUUCGAAUAUGUGACGUUGCUUCCAUCACAUACUCAUUUUGGCUUUUUACGCACGGCCUGCGCGCGCAGCGCAUCCAUAUAGAGAACCUCCAAAUUGUCUUAAAUGGAAUAAUUAACAUAUAUUUUUUUUGGUUAUUCUUAACCACACCGACUUUAUUCACUGACUGACGAGGCAUUACAGUCAUUUCUAACACGGGACAGUCUAUGUCUCUCUCCUCCGGUCGACCAAUCGUGGCGCAGCAGCGCAGGGACACACCUGUAUAAAAGCGGAUUCCAGGUCAGUUGUCAGUCAGAAGAAGGCGAUGAGGAUGACAGGGCGUUGAGGGAGAGCGCAGGGUCUGCCUCAUCUGGAUGCCUUUCAGGGCAGAUGUGCGUUUUCAAAGAUGGAUGAAAUCUUCAAUCAUAGCGCAGCGCUGAACCAAAGUUCCCCUGGAGAUGACAAGUUCACUUUCGAGGACAUCGACGUCAGCGCUGAUGGCUCUCCCAUCCUGAGGAUAUUCAUCUCGGUGGUGUACUCUGUGGUGUGCGCCGUGGGCUUGGUGGGAAACCUUCUGGUGUUUUUCCUCAUGAGGGUGAGACAGGGUAGAAAAAGAUCAACCAUAAAUGUUUUCAUCACCAACUUGGCAGUUACGGACUUCCAGUUCGUCCUCACGCUGCCCUUCUGGGCCGUGGACACCGCUCUGGACUUCAGCUGGCCGUUCGGAGACGCCAUGUGCAAAAUCGUCCUGUCAGUUACCGUCAUGAACAUGUACGCCAGCGUCUUCUUUCUCACGGCGAUGAGCGUGACCCGCUACCUGUCCGUGGCUUCAGCCCUGAAGAAAAGGUCCUACAGAAGGUCACGGUGCGUGAAGUGGGUGUGCGCGGUGCUCUGGCUGGCCGCCACCGUGGCCACGGCUCCCACAGCUAUCUUCUCCACAGUGACUGUGGUCGCUGGAGAAAAGCUUUGCCUCCUCAGGUUUCCAGAGGGACACGACUGGCUCGCUCUUUACCACAUCCAGAAAAUAUUAAUAGCCUUCAUUAUUCCGAUGUUCAUAGUUUGUAUAAAUUAUCUGAUGUUGCUUCGCUUUGUGAGACGGAAAAGCAUGGACAGCAGCAACCCCAAACGUAGAUCCAAAGUCACCAAAUCUGUUGCUAUAGUCGUUUUGUCUUUCUUCUGUUGCUGGAUGCCAAAUCACGCCAUCACCUUCUGGGGGGUCUUGGUGAAAUUUAACGCGGCCAACUGGGACACAUCAUAUUACACAGUGCACACAUACGUGUUCCCGGUCACUGUCUGCUUGGCACACACAAACAGCUGCUUGAACCCGAUCCUGUAUUGCCUGAUGCGCCCGGAGAUCAGGAAGAUGCUGAGCGGCUUGUUUUGGAGAGUCUCCAGUCCCGCUAAGAGCAAAGCGUGCACGACGCGCUCCGUUACGCACGCAGAAAUCCAUGGAGUGGUACCUCUCCAAAUCAUGGACAACACGGACUACACGCUGUCCAUCAUAGACCGCAAAGGCUCUUCAAGUUCUAAGACGAUCCCAUUUACACACUGAAUGCAGCAUGGGCACAAAGCUGCUGUCUUUUUCUCCAUCAGCUGCCAUUGCUCGUGCGUAAUUCAAAACAAAUCAAUAUGCUAUUUCAUACCAUGUGUGACAACUUAAUGUGAAACCUGCUGAGCCCCUACAACUGUUUACUUGUGAAUUUUCUAUGAGAUUCAUAUUUUCGUUCUAAUGACAGAGUCUGGCUCACAGGAUAUGAGUCGGUCAUUUGCACUCUGUACUCACCAUUGAAUAUUAACUAUAUGAUUAUGUUCAUUAUGUCUAUAAUAAAG